UAGAGUGACUCCAAUUACAAGAAUCUGCAUCUCUUUAUUAGGGUUUAAGCUUUGAUUCAAAUCUUCAAACCAAUUUGAUACUGAUCAAGUUUACCUGCAUAAGAAAAGCAUUGAUUCUCCGAUAAAUUGAAUUUCUAUCAAUACAAAUAACCUCACGAGUAUUCAUUUGCAUCUGCAUCUGAUCUGAAUCAAUGGAGGCGCGGCUGAAACAAGUGUUUACCGAUCUCGAAGCUCUGAAACGAUCGUUACCUGAUACUUCUCAUCAUGCAUCAAUCGACAAGUUGCAAUUGGAGGUAGAUCAAUUGACUGAUUUAGCAAAGUCUGUACCAGUACACCGCUCAAAAGUCCAGACUAUGAGUGCUGAGGUGCUGGAUAGUAAUCCUUACAGUAGGCUUAUGGCACUUCAAAGAAUGGGAAUUGUGGAUAAUUAUGAAAGAAUACGGGAAUUCUCUGUUGCCAUUGUUGGAAUAGGUGGAGUGGGUUCUGUUGCAGCUGAAAUGUUAACAAGAUGUGGAAUAGGCCGUCUUUUGUUGUAUGAUUAUGACAAAGUGGAGUUGGCUAACAUGAAUAGGCUAUUCUUCCGUCCAGAGCAGGCUGGUAUGACAAAGACUGAUGCAGCUGUUCAGACCCUAUCAGAUAUUAACCCAGAUGUUGUUCUAGAGAGCUAUACACUGAAUAUCACCACAGUGCAAGGUUUUGAAACUUUUAUGUCAAGCCUUAAAAACAAAUCAUUUCGUCCAAGUAAAGAAGGCAGUGGUGUGGAUCUUGUCUUAAGCUGUGUAGAUAAUUAUGAAGCAAGGAUGGUUGUAAACCAGGCCUGCAACGAACUGAACCAAACAUGGAUGGAGUCUGGUGUAUCAGAGGAUGCUGUUUCAGGUCACAUACAACUGCUAAUUCCUGGUGAAACAGCAUGUUUUGCAUGUGUUCCUCCUCUGGUUGUAGCUUCUGGAAUUGAUGAGAGGACAUUGAAGCGGGAAGGAGUCUGUGCUGCAUCUUUGCCCACAACCAUGGGGAUCGUUGCUGGACUUUUAGUUCAAAACACUCUCAAGUACUUGUUAAAGUUUGGGCAUACAUCCCGUUACCUGGGAUAUAACGCUCUCAAGGAUUAUUUUCCAACUAUGGAAAUGAAACCAAAUACUCAAUGCUCAAACAUGGCUUGUAUGGAUCGACAGAAAGAGUACACUCUAGCAAAGCCUGCUAGAGAUGCUGCAAUAAAAGCAAAAGAAGCAGAAGCAGCAUUGACUAUCGUUGACGACUCUCCUUUGCAUGUAGACAAUGAGUGGGAGAUAAGCGUUCUCGAUGACACCGAGGAAGAUAUGGCUGACCUAAAAAGCUCAGAUGCACUUCCAGAAGGAAUUGUUCACGAGCUUCCAGUUUCAGAUAGUUAUCAAAAGAUUGUUCCUGAUGAAGAAACAGUCGAGUGCAUUGAUGAUCUUGAAGAUCUGCGGAGACAGCUUGAGGCGCUUAAUAAUUGAUUGAUCAUAGCAUCAAUGGAAAGUAAGAUUUGGCAACAAUUUGGUCUAAUUUAUUAUCAGAAAGAAAGAAUUAUACAUACCAAAUCUUGAGAAAUUUUGGUGGUGUUCAUCUGAACCAAAGAAUUAUUGCCUCAGUUGUUGUGACAUUACCUUAUUAUUUUUUUCUUUUUUUGUAUGAAACCUAUUGUGGAUAGUGGAUACAAUACUGACCCGACAUUGGGAUACCCUAAUCGAUAAUUAGCGAGUUAUUGAUCCUAA